AUGUCGGCGGAGAAACUUCGAGAUUCUGUGGACACGGUACACCGUCUGGGCAAGAAGAGCACACCUGCAACCUUCAAUGGACGUCCACGAUCUAUUAUCAUCCAGUUUGGGCUCAGAACGGUUAAAGAAGAAGUUUGGAGCAAGUCCCGUGAAGCUCGUGUCUGCCAGGACCUGCACAUUUACUUCAAGAAGGAUUACAUCAAGGAAGAUAGAGAAGCUCGCGCCAAACUGUACCCGCUGGUUCAAGAGGCCAAGAAGAGGAAUCUAAAAGCUUAUCUACUGGAAGGAUAUGCAAUGAUUGACGGUAGACGUGUGGACCCGCCGCCAGAGGCUCUACGAUUACAGACCAGGAGAUCAGACUUCACCGUCCACAUCUGCUCUGCAACAAGAUAUGAAGCAGGAACUACGAUCAGGAUGAAGCUUCUCGUGUUUUUGCUGAUGUUUGUGUGGAAGCUGAGCGUGUCCAGAGGAGGUCUGAGUCUCUCACUAACAUGGUCUUUACCUGAUGUUGCAGAUACUGAGGUGUCCUGUGUUUUUAUGGAGAGAUGCAUCUUACCGUGCAGCUUCCAGGCCGAUACUCGAGUCUUCAUCGACUGGUUUCAGUUGACAGCCGGAGACUUUUGUACCCACUCUUAUUACGACAACCAGGACCAGCUUCAACAUCAGCACCAGAUGUACAGAAACAGGACGUCACUGUUCAAGGACCAGAUCUCCAGAGGAAACGCCUCACUGCAGCUGACAGGAGUGAAGGUUCAGGAUGAAGGAAGAUACCAGUGCUGUACCAGCACCAUGAACGAAAACAACAGUUCAUUUGUCAACGUUAAAGUGGACGCUCCAGUCCAGGAGGUGAACAUCCAGCAGGUAGAAAACAGGAUGAGCUGCAGCUCAGAGGGGAUCUACCCUCAACCUGAGCUCACCUGGUCCACCACACCUCCAUCCAACAUCAACCUCCACAACACAACCACAGUCCAGCAGAAUGAAGAGCAGCUUUACAGCAUCAGUAGUUCUCUGAUCCUCUCAGAUAAUGACACUGAUCUGGUCUACAGCUGCACCGUCAAAACCCGCAGAAACAACAUGACGGCCUCUCUGUCUAGAACAAGGAAAUCAGUCAAUGGAGGAAUCAUAGGUGGAGUGAUUGGAGCUGUUCUGGUUGCAGCAGCAGUCGGUCUGUUUCUGUUCUAUAAAAAGAAAAAGCUGCACCGUCACAACUUGCAGAAACAACAUGACUAG